GGGGCAACGAUGGGAGCAGCGGUGGGGACAGCAAUAGGGACCACGAUGGGGGCAGCGCUGGGGACAGCAGUGGCGCCUUUUGGUGCUGCUGAGCCCCAGGGCUGCUCCCCCCCCCCACUCCACCCCCAGACCAGUGAGGAGGUGGUGAGGACGAUGACGGGGCUGAGGGUCCCCCGGAGCCGCCCGCGCCCCAAUGGCACCCUGUACAUCCCCGACUGGACCAGCAGAGCCCCCCCGGCCGUGGAUUGGAGGCGGAAGGGCUACGUGACCCCCGUUAAGAACCAGGGGCAGUGCGGUUCGUGUUGGGCUUUCAGCUCGGUGGGAGCUCUGGAAGGGCAGCUGAAGCGUCGGACGGGGAAACUGCUUUCGCUCAGCCCCCAAAAUUUAGUGGACUGCGUCUCCAACAACAACGGCUGCGGGGGGGGUUAUAUGACCAACGCCUUCGAGUACGUCCGGCAGAACCGCGGCAUCGACUCGGAGGACGCGUACCCCUACAUCGGGCAGGAUGAGAGCUGCAUGUACAGCCCCACCGGGAAGGCGGCCAAAUGCCGCGGCUAUCGGGAGAUCCCCGAGGGCAACGAAAAGGCUCUGAAGCGGGCUGUGGCCAGGAUUGGGCCCGUCUCCGUGGGCAUCGACGCCAGCCUGCCCUCCUUCCAGUUCUACAGCCGCGGUGUGUACUACGACACGAGCUGCAACGCAGAGAACAUCAACCACGCGGUGCUGGCAGUGGGGUACGGAGCACAGAAGGGCACCAAGCACUGGAUCCUCAAGAACAGCUGGGGCACGGAGUGGGGCAAUAAGGGCUACGUGCUGCUGGCCCGCAAUAUGAACAACGCCUGCGGCAUCGCCAACCUCGCCAGCUUCCCCAAAAUGUGAGCGGUGCCAACGUCCGCCUGCAGGAGUGGGGCUGGGGGGCUGGAACCCCCCCCCAAAAUAUCUCAUCUCUGCGUCCUCUGGGGGAUGCGGAGGGCGAUGGGAUUUUGUUUUUCAAAUAAAAGUGGUUGGGGAGAAAGCUGA